CACAAACCAGUGGGUGAUGUCACAGUGGUCAUACCGGAAAUCAAUAUCAGUCGUCGUGCUUGACUCUGAAUCGCGCACCCCCACUCCCUCCAGCUCCUGCAGCCUCGGAGGCGCACUGACGAGUGGUAUUUUUGAGACCCGGGAAAGUGAGUUAGUGAGUAUGGACGAGCUGGCGUUCAAGUUUGCUGUAAAUAACAUAAACCGCAACAAGACCCUGAUGCCCAACACUACUCUCACCUACGACAUUCAGAGGAUUAAUCUCUUUGAUGGCUUUGAGGCUUCCAGAAGAGUGUGCGACCAGCUAGCCCUAGGAGUGGUUGCUGUGUUCGGCCCUUCUCACAGCUCCUCAGUCAGUGCUGUUCAGUCCAUCUGCAACGCUUUGGAGGUCCCUCACAUUCAGACCCGCUGGAAACACCCGUCAGUGGACAACAAAGACACCUUCUUCAUCAACCUGUAUCCUGAAUACACCGCCAUCGCCAGGGCCAUCCUGGAUGUGGUCACUUUCUUCAAAUGGCGGAAGCUGACGGUGGUCUAUGAGGACAGCACUGGUCUAAUGCGAAUGCAGGAGUUGAUCAAGGCUCCAGCAAAGUACAACCUGAAGAUCAAAAUCCGCCAGUUGACCCCAGGUAACCAAGAUGCCCGACCGCUGCUUAAGGAACUGAAGAAAGACAAGGAAUUUUUUAUUCUCUUUGACUGCUCCUAUCGCAUGGCUUCAGAGCUUCUCAAGCAGCUUUCAUCGAUGGGGAUGAUGACAGAGUAUUAUCAUUUCUUCUUCACAACUUUGGAUUUGUUUGCCUUGGACUUGGAGCCGUACCGUUACAGUGGGGUCAACAUGACGGGCUUCAGACUGCUGAAUGUUGAUGAUCCAUGGGUAGCCUCCACAAUGGACAAGUGGGCCAUGGAAAGACUGCAGGGUCCCAAACAAGAGAGCGGCUUGAUGGAUGGAAUCAUGACUACAGACGCAGCCUUGAUGUAUGAUGCGGUGUUUAUGGUUGCCGUUGCAUCGCAGCGAGCCACUCAGAUGACCGUCAGCUCCCUGCAGUGUCACCGCCACAAACCCUGGCGCUUCGGACCACGCUUCAUGAACCUUUUCAAAGAGGCACAGUGGGAUGGACUGACAGGGCACAUUGUUCUUAAUAAGACAGAUGGCCUGAGGAGAGACUUUGAUUUGGACAUCAUCAGCCUCAAAGAGGACGGCACAGCCAGGAUUGCUGUGUGGAACUCGUACAGGGGAAUGAACCUGACGGAGAAGUCCAACCGAGACAAGAAUAACAAUGUGACAGACUCUCUGGCUAACAGGACUCUUAUUGUCACCACGAUACUGGAAAAUCCAUAUGUGAUGCACAAAAAGUCUGACAAGGAGCUGAUUGGGAACGAUCGUUAUGAAGGUUACUGUCUGGACCUUUUGAAAGAGCUCUCCAAUAUCUUGGGUUUUACGUAUGAAGUCAGACUGGUGGCUGAUGGGAAAUACGGCGCCCAGAAUGAUAAGGGAGAGUGGAACGGGAUGGUGCGGGAGCUGAUUGACCAUGUUGCAGACCUUGCUGUGGCCCCUUUGACCAUUACAUACGUUAGAGAGAAAGUCAUUGACUUCUCCAAGCCCUUCAUGACCUUAGGAAUAAGCAUUCUGUACCGCAAACCCAACGGCACCAAUCCAGGCGUAUUCUCCUUCCUUAAUCCCCUGUCUCCGGACAUCUGGAUGUACGUGCUGCUGGCCUGCACAGGAGUUAGCUGUGUUCUCUUUGUGAUUGCCAGGUUCACUCCAUACGAGUGGUAUAACCCACAUCCAUGCAACCCAUCCUCAACUCUAAUACAGAACAAUUUCACAUUACUCAACAGUUUCUGGUUUGGCGUUGGAGCUCUCAUGCGGCAAGGCUCGGAGCUGAUGCCUAAGGCUCUCUCUACUCGUAUAGUCGGGGGUAUCUGGUGGUUCUUUACCUUAAUCAUCAUCUCCUCCUACACGGCCAACUUGGCUGCCUUUCUCACUGUGGAACGAAUGGAUGCACCCAUCGACUCAGCAGACGAUCUGGCGAAGCAGACUAGGAUUGAAUAUGGGGCGGUGAGGGAUGGAUCAACCAUGACCUUCUUCAAGAAAUCAAAGAUCUCGACCUAUGAGAAGAUGUGGGCAUUUAUGAGCAGCCGGAAGAACACUGCAUUGGUUAAGAACAAUCGAGAGGGCAUCACCCGGGUCCUAACGACAGACUAUGCCAUGCUGAUGGAGUCCACCAGCAUUGAGUACAUCAGCCAGAGAAACUGCAACCUCACACAGAUCGGAGGUCUCAUAGACUCCAAGGGCUACGGAGUGGGAACACCUAUCGGUUCUCCAUACAGGGACAAAGUGACCAUUGCCAUCCUUCAGCUGCAGGAGGAAGGGAAGCUGCACAUGAUGAAGGAGAAGUGGUGGAGAGGCAAUGGCUGUCCAGAAGAGGACAACAAGGAGGCCAAUGCUCUGGGCGUAGAGAAUAUCGGUGGCAUCUUCAUUGUCUUGGCUGCUGGUUUGGUCCUCUCUGUGUUUGUAGCUAUCGGAGAGUUCAUCUACAAGGCUCGCAGGAACGCCGACAUCGAGGAGUGUGUGUCUUUUAGCGCCCUGAUGGAGGAAAUGGGUAUUUCCCUGCAGUGUUACAAAGGCGUCCGGAGGAGGUCGCGACCGCACAGCGGAGCAAGGACAGCUUGCGUCCUCUGUCAACCCAAACUCACUGCAAAGAGGGAGGGAGCGAGGCGGGACUCCAGCACGUGAGCCUUCAAUCCAAGCACUGAUGGAACUUAGAUCAGAGACUGCUGUUUGAUCACUUUUCACUUUGUUUGUGAGCCAGAGAAUGACAUGAAGCUGUU